GGAGUAGCUUUCGCAGCGUAACCCAGUGCUUUAACCAGUGCGCGUCCAUGGCAGUCGUUCAGACCCCAUUCGCCAUGACCCUCGGCCAGCAAAACAAGAUGUACAACGUGAUCCAGCACUCGCCCCAGCAGUCCAUCAUCGUGUCGGGCAGCAUCGCCCAGCAGGGCAAGGGCGUGAUCCAGAGCAAGCGGCCGCUGGCGCCGGCCCCGGAGCGCGGCUCCGUCCUCGUCGCCAACAACACGGACCUCCGGUGCAAGCGGAAGAUCCAGUUCAUGCCGUACGGCGGGCCGCAGCAGCAGCCGGCGUCGGUGGCCCGCCGGAACGCCAGGGAACGAAACCGGGUGAAGCAGGUGAACAACGGCUUCGCGACGCUGCGCCAGCACAUCCCGCCGAGCGUGGCGGCGGCGUUCGCGCCGCAAGGGCCGUCGACGGGCCGGGGAGCGUCGAAGAAACUGAGCAAGGUGGAGACGCUGCGGCUGGCGGUGGAGUACAUCAGGAGCCUGAAGCAGAUGAUCGAGGACCACGAGAGCGAGCUGGGCGGGGGCGGCGCCGACGGCGGGCUGCAGGAGAACAGGUACUACACGAGCAGCCCGGAGUACCAGUCGUACCCGAUCCUGCUGCAGACGCCCACGUGCUCGGAGUCGUCGUCGCCGUCGCCGUCGCACAGCUCGGAGAGCUCGUUCUCGGCGGGCUCGACCUACACCAACACGAUCUACCACCAGGAGAACUUCGAGAACUACGAGCCGAAGAGCCCGGAGGACGAGGAGCUCCUGGACGCGAUCUUCUCCUGGCAGCAGAACGAAUAGAGCAGAUCGCCGGUCCAAUCCGACCAGACCCACCCAGUGCCUUCGGAGUGAUAUUUUAACUCUCGUUGUUUUUCUAGUCAUUGUUAUGUACAUAAUGUAAAUAUUGUUAGCUAGUAGUUAGCGUGUUAUCGCAAUAUCGUAUGAAUCUCGUACUGAGUUAGUUAAGUUUUCCAAGUUCCAUGACUUAAGCUAAGUGUAUUGUAUUUUUGAUACUACUUUUUACACGAAUAAACCGAUCGACUCGA